UGCUCAUUUGAGCGCUCACCUUAGUUACCAGGAAGUGUUUGACAACACCCAGGGAGCUGGUGGGACGGUUUUGUCUAGAAGGGAUACAGUUUAUGUCACAAUGGACUUUUCGUAGCAGGUUAGGAUAAUUAACGUAACAGAUUAUGAGAGUUAGGUUAAGGUUAAGAAAAGGGUUAGGGUUAGCUAAAAUGCAACAUUUUAUUUUUACAUCAAUUUGACAACAACUGUAUCCUCUCUAGCCAAUACCUGGUGAGCCUUCACACGUUAUUCUUACAGAAGAGCCAAACUCCAGCUACUCCUAUGGUAAAAGCAUGGUGUUGAGAUGAAGAUUACCGGGAAGAUCCUCACUCAUUUUCAGUCGUGCAGCUCACCCGUCGACAAAGAAGGAUACCUGUAUAAAAAGGCACCCAAGAAAGCCAAGAAGAGACAGCAGCAGGGAGAGGGUGGAUCCUCCAAUGUGUUCUCCAUGUUUGAGCAGAGCCAGAUUCAGGAGUACAAGGAGGCUUUCACAAUCAUUGAUCAGAACAGAGAUGGAAUCAUCAGCAAGGAUGAUCUUAGGGACGUGCUGGCCACUAUGGGUCAACUGAACGUGAAGAAUGAGGAGCUGGAAGCCAUGAUCAAGGAGGCCAGCGGCCCCAUCAACUUCACCGUCUUCCUCACCAUGUUCGGCGAGAAGCUGAAGGGUGCUGAUCCCGAGGAUGUUAUCGUGAGUGCUUUCAAGGUCCUGGACCCCGAGGCUACCGGCUUCAUCAAGAAGGAAUUCAUUGAGGAGCUCCUGACCACCCAGUGUGACAGGUUCACCGCUGAGGAGAUGUCCAACCUGUGGGCUGCCUUUCCCCCAGAUGUGGCUGGCAACGUUGACUAUAAACAGAUCUGCUAUGUCAUCACACACGGAGAGGAGAAGGAGGAUGAGUAAAAUCCACUUUUUCAAUCCCUCUGCCUCUCUCCGUCAUCCCCCUCACUUACCCCCCUUCUCCAACUCUGUGGCCCGCUUACACGCUCCCCUCGCUCUUCUUUCCAUCUCCACCCCGCUCACUAUGAAAGACUGUCCUUUAUCGAGAGGCUGAGUUGAGAGGGUUGAAGGCUAAUGGAGGUGUGCUGUGUGAGAGUAUUAACAGUGGGAUUAUUUGAAAAUAAAAUCUUGUACCAUCAAAACUAUUCCUCUCUAUCUCCCUCCCUGCCUCCGAUUCCUUCUCUUCUUCCCCAUUCCUCACUUAUAUCUCUCCCUAUCGAAUCGAACAGUGCAUGCAUCAUACCUACAUCAUGUAUGCCUAUAGAGUUCAGUAUCUACAGACAAACACUUUUACUCUUGGGUGCUGUGGUGUAUGCUCUAUUGUUUAUCUGAAACAAGUAGCAUAUUGACCUGCAAGGUCUGUUUUGUCUCGACUUGAUGUGAAGUAAUAAUGUACUGGAAAAAGGGAAAGCUUUAAAAGGGACGAGUACUGCACUAAAGUAGCUUGCCUACUCCUCUCAAUUUCUCUUUCUCAUCAAUAGAGACAAACGGAAGGGCGUUUGAAUAAGAGUAAAGCAUGAUUUAGCAGUAGGUGCAUUGUAAGAGAGAGAAAGGGAGACAAAAUAAAUUCUCAACAUUUUCUGUCAGAAAUCUCUGUAACAAAUAAACCAAUGAUUUAUAAAUAAAAACCAAUGUCUUUCGUACCA